CUUCGUUUUGACACGACAAUUUCGUUUGCUAGCGAUUUGUGAACUUUCAGAAGUGUAUUGUGAGUUCAAGUGUCGGUGCACUACGAGGAUUUAUCCGUGUCGCUAUUUUAUAUUGACACUCUCAACAGUAGAAAGUAUUUCUUGUUAUUCAAAUUCUAGAUAAACAAAAUGGAUAAAGUUAUCAAAUACUGUGAACCUGGCCGCGCCUUCGCCAAGGACUCCAUUCGAUUGGUUAAGCGUUGCACAAAACCAGAUCGACGAGAAUUCCAGAAGAUCGCCAUUGCCACCGCCAUUGGUUUCUGCAUCAUGGGAUUCAUUGGUUUCUUCGUGAAACUCAUUCAUAUUCCAAUUAACAAUAUCAUUGUUGGAUCAUAAGUUUAAGACACAUUAAAUUAUAUUUAUUUCCUUAAAGAGAGACAAAUAUCGUUUUCCUAGGACUUAUUAUGUAGUUCUCAGUUUUUGUCAUAAUUAUACUCUGGCAUUUUGUGAGUGCUCUUUUGUUCUUAAAAGAAAAUAUAAGAUGCGAAGAUCUGUUUGUAUGAUGAUUAAAUGAAAGGAUUUUUUAAAAAUUUA